UGCGUGUGAUUUCAGAUAUUUCAUCCGGUUCACGCCCCGUAUACUACUCACGAGAAUUAAAGCCCUGCCCCUGUUGGAGAGUUGAUUUCUGAAUCUAAAGCGAUUGUUUAGUCGAAAAAAGGGCAAGAAAACCGGCCAUAAUGGGUGGUGAAGGCUUUUUAUUCACUCCAGAUUAUAUAGGACUGUUUUACGGUCUGAUUUAUGAACUUCCAGAGUAUAUACGCACGGAACCAGUUGAACCAGAGGGAUUUAUUGGCGAAUUCAGAAAGUACUGCAGAUACGAAAACACAGAUUUGUUGAUUAUCGUUUUGCUAGCUUGUGUAUGGACAUGUGUAAGACAUUUCUUUACCCAAUAUAUAUUCAAGCCUUUGACAUAUAAACUUCAAUUGACCACUGUCAACGCAGCUAAAUUCCCGGAGAGCGCGUGGAGAUGUAUGUUUUACACGUUGUCCUGGACAUACGCAGCUUACGUUAUAUUCUUUUGCGGAUACCGAGUCUUUUAUGAACCAAACAUCAUUUUCAAAGGGUGGACAGUUGGGUCGAAGGUAUCAAGUGAAAUCUACUGGUUGUAUGCAGUGCAAGCCUCAUUCUACCUUCAUAGUAUGUUUGCUACAAUCUUUCUGGAUGUUUGGAGGAGUGAUUCACUCGUGUUAUGUAUACACCAUGUUCUCACUCUGGUUCUCAUCACAUUCUCAUAUACAGUCAGAUACCAUGUGUUAGGUAGCUUGGUUUUAUUAUGUCAUGAUUGUAAUGAUAUCUUCCUUGAGUUGGCCAAAUGUUGUAUCUAUUUUAAACCAAGAAAAAAUGGUACUAAAGUUGAGAUCUAUGAAACAUUGGGAAACACAAGUUUUGCAAUAUUCUUUGUUUCUUGGUGUAUUACUAGAAUGUACUGGUAUCCAUUCAAAGUACUGUUAACCAUCCAGCCAAGUGUAGCCAAAAUUUACUAUAGUGAUCAUCUGCCAUUUGGGCUUGAGUUUAACCUUAUGCUGUGGGCAAUUAUGCUGAUGGAUGUCUAUUGGUUUGUGUUUAUUUGCAUCCUAUUGAUCAAGAUACUCACAGGAAAUAUGAAGGAGAUGGAAGACAUUAGAGAAGAUAAUGACGGAGCUUUUGCUGUUGAAAAACUUGAGACGAAUGGCAAGAGCAAUGGCAAUGGAAUUGCAAAUGGAAACGGCUUGAAGAAGCGCCAUGUUGGUGGCAACGGCACCACACAUUCAAAUCAUGCAACUAGUUAAAUGAUAAGUAAAUUUUCAUUGGUGGAGAGAAAAACGUAUCAUGUAACAUGUAAUGCAAGUCUUCUAUUAAGGAGGUUAACUGUUAUUGUAAAGUCAAAUUCAGUGAUUAUUUAAUCAGUUGAUUGAUUAAUUUUGUUGAUUAAUUAAUCCAUUGAUUACAAAAUCCUGCAUGGCUCCUCCACACUAACUCCCGGUUUUGGCACCGUUUUUUAAAAAGAGCCAUUGUCACUUAUCGUCGGCUGCGAUGCAUCCAGAUACAAGGUCAUCCGCUUGUUUGAACUCUCCUGGUUCGUGGAAAACUUAAGUUUUGUGUAAUAUACGAUUCAAUUUUCUAUACUCGGUUUAAGUACAUAUUUUCAAAUAGUAAUUGUAUAUUUCUCUGAACUUUCAUCAUCACCAUUGUAAAGACAAGGUAUUCAAUCCCAGCCACUUAAAAUCUUACAGUAGUAAAAUCAAUCUGAGCAAUUACUAACACAUUUGUAUUUAACUAAAGCUGAGAUACGACUGUCACUAUUAAGGGUAUUUCUAUACUGCAAGUGUUACUCCCUUUAGAAGCAUAGAACUUACUAUGUUAUUGGCGAUGCUCUACUAGUGUGAGCGGCACUUCUUGAUGUAUUAAAAAAAAGUAGAAAGUACUUCAACAUGAUUAGCACAAGGUUUCCUAUAAAAAGUAUUCCCAAAAGUAAUGUUAAGUUAUGCUAACUUCCUAAAAUUUGAGUAAUACUUACUAUACAUGAUAAGCACAUGCUUUUUGGUGAGUGUCCCUCAAGCCUAGAUGAUACUUAGUAUUACAUGAAAAUCACACAUGAAUUAGUAUUCAUAAAAUUGGAGUGGUACUCCACUUACGGUACUAAAUGAAAAAUCACAUGCAUUAUAGUGAGUACCCUCAAAUUGGAGUUAUACUUCUUGUGCCUCCGAUGAGCGCAUGCCUUAUGAUGAGUAUUUCUCAAGUUGAGUAUCCCUCAUAUUUUUGGAGUACAUUCCUUAUGAAGAGUAUCAUUGAAAUUGUGUGGUACUUGUACAUGUGAAUAAUAAGCACAUGCUAUGAAAAACACAUGAGUUUUAUCCAGUUAACUUGAUAAUUAUCCAUAACAGUGCUAGAUCACCUUUCAUGAAACAUGUUUAUGAUUUAAGUUUUACUUAUUUGUAUAUAUGAUAAAGUUUAACAAUGGGAGAAAAUUUAUGUCUACGAAGGCAAACCAAAGUGAGUGUGUAACUUAUUAUAUUUAGCAAUCGUGCUAUCCAUGUGAGUUGAAUGAGUAAUUUGCUUUACAUUUUGUGACAACUCUUUUAAACAUGGUGACGUUUACUUACGCCAAUAUGUGAUAACGUCGAGCGAUGGCGUGCUUUUUAAAAUUACAUUGCCGGUAAUACGCAGUCACUAUAUUACCACUUCUAAUGUUGGCACAUGGUAUCAAUGGCAUGGUCAGUUUAAUGAAGAUGAGAUCAUUCUUUAAGCAUUGGCACAUAUUCUUUUUAAGAAUCAAAAGGUAGUAUCAGGAAUGAUCUUAAUAUUAAAUGAUUGAUAUUAUUACAGGCACAGCAUGCCUAUGUAUUAUUUAUAAUGUCUUGAUUACACUGGAUUUAUACAAAAACAUAUAUAUGCACAUGCACUUAGCAGCCAUCGGAUAGAAACCAACAGCCAAUCAUUGCAAGAGAUUUUUAAAAUUCCAAAUCUAAAAAAAAACCUCUUAUAGAAAUGUUACCGUUAUAGGAGCAUUUGUUGGCAUUCAAAAGGCAGAACUAUUAGAUCUCCUACUUAGAUUUUCUCUGAUAUAGCUUCAUUAUAUAAUACAUGUAUAUAAAUAAUUUUUAUGCUAGAAUGAUAGGAACAAACUGGAUUAUAUUUUAGUUUGACAAUCGAUCAAUGGGGAACAGAUGUCAAUUUGGGUUUUGUUUUACAUGGUGCUAGAAUUUCCAGAUUUUUAAAAGGUAAAAGUCAUUUGUACAAUCUCAAAAUUUACUCCAAUUUAAAUACUAUAAUUAUGACGGUAUCAUGGUUAUUGGUACAUAGCCAUUGGUUUUAUCAUUGUGAUUGUAACCGUAGUAACAAACUUGUAUAUUUACCAAUACUUUAUUUGCAAGACUGCCAGUUACACUAUGGGUAUUGUGGGAUACAAGGAGUAAAAAAAAAAAAAAAAGAAAGACGUGAAAAUUUGCUCAAUACUUGUUAAACAUAUUUCUAAAACAAUAGUUCAUACAAGAUGAAAAAGCCAAAUUCAAAAAUUUAAGUUUCACCUUUGACCUCCCAAAAUGACUGUUCCAAAUGCGCAAUUAUUGAGCUUUUUUAACAAUACAAAAACACAAAUUUGAAUGUCUGAAUCUUGAAAUGCAAACUUUUGGAGGCAAAGAAAUUUGAUGUUUCAUUUUGAAACAAAGUGCACGAUUUCAAAUGCACACAAAUAUUCUUUAAAAAUAUUUAAAAAUUAUACAGUUUUGUAAAGAUAAUAAUAGAUAACCAUGUAUUUAUAUGCAAAAUAUCUUCCAAGAUUAUAUACAAAACUGUUCUUUUUUUCUGACUUCUCUUGUAAAAUAAAACUUGGUUUAUUAUUUACUGUUGUUAGGAGGUACUGUAUAUUUAUUUAAUAUCGUGACUACUUUUAAUCUUAAUUCAUUGAUAUAAUUUUUUUUUUGUUUUUUGUUUGAUUGAGUUGUAUAUAAGUUAAAUCUCAAUUAAAAUUGAAUGAAAUAUUUUUUGUUAACAUAUUUACUAAUUAGGAAAAUGAUUUGGGAAUAGGUGAAUGGUUUUCUUGAAUAUUAAUGGGUAAAGUGUGAGAAAUUUUUAUGUGUAAAAAUGUUAAAUCCUUGAUUUAUAUAUACCUACGUGAGGAAUGAACCUGACGUUAGCUAACUAUUAGCUGGUAAAAAAUUUCAGCAGGAAGGUCCCUACUAGUUGAGGGCCUAAAUGUCAGCUUAAGUGUUCUGAGCACCAACAAGCAGUUGCCUAGGCAUUUACAGAGAAUGCCUGAGCACCAGUAAGGUCUGCAUAAGCACUUCCAACUGAGGGGUGUCACUGUGUUUGAGCACCUCAGUACCAUUUAUACCACUGAAACUUGUAGGCCUAGGGGUUUGUUUUUUUUUUUUAAGUCUUUUCUUAAGUUUAUGUUCAUGACAAGGCAAUUGUUGAUGUUCUCUUAUGGUUAUGACACAAUUGGCACUGUCUAAUAACUCUAACAAAAACUGCAUACAAUUGAUUAAUUCAGUAAUUUUCAAAAUACUAAUUUUUUGUGGUUAUGAUGUAUACUAUUGGUCUUACUGAUAUUAUCAAGGAAAAUGAAAAAAUAAUUAUCAAUAAACUGUAAAAGGUGGUGAAAUAAUUGAAAGCAAAUUUUAAAGGUUUAAUUGUAAAACUAAAUAUUUAAAAUUUAUAUUAUGUGAUUAUGUUAUUGCAUUCAUUUAGUAUAUUUAUGAAUAGUAUCCCAAAAAAUCAAUAUAAUUAUUUUUAUGGUGUGAACUAAUUAUAUUCACAGUCUGUUUAAAAAGAAAUUUGAAUUAAUUUACAAUUCCAUCUCAGUGUACUGAUAAAAAUCUCUCCAUCAUCAAAAAUAUUUCAACAAAUCAAGUAUCGACAUGAUCUUCCACCCACCCCCAUUUAAUUAUUGUUGCCAUCUAUUGUCCAAAUUCCUCAUAUCAAAUGACUUGCAACAUAAAUGGGUAUCUAUAAUGAACACUUCCUGGUUCAUUGAUUUUACUACCAUUUUUUAUUUGAUAUGUUAAUCUGGGAAGGGGGGGAAGGUGGUUUCUCAUAAUAAUUGUAAAUUAAUUCAUAUUUUUAUAAAAUGUGAUCGCAGAUAUAUGUUGUCAGGUUUUCUGAUAAUUUUUAUUGAAAUUCUGUGAUUAUGAUUCUCACAUUUUAAGCACCAUAUGCACUAAAAGUCAAAUGUAUUGUGUUAAUAUUUUAUUUUAUAUUAUUAUUGUUGUUAUUAUUUUUAUUAUUUUCAAUGUUACUGUUAUCAAUUGUUAUUUUUAUUACCUGUCAUUAAUAAUUGUUACCAACAUUACUAUGUGACAAUUUAUAUUACCAAAUAGCUUGCACUGACGUAUCGUGUAUAUACAGCCUAUGUUGUGCGCAUUUCUGUUCAUAACAAUUUUUUUAUGGAAUAAGUUGCUACAAUGUUACAGAUUGUUCUUCCUAUUGGUAAUUAAUAAUAAAUUUUUGGAUUCAAAAUAGUAAAAUUUAAUUAUUGAAGUGUAAUAGAGAUGCUGAUCUAAAAAAAAAACAAAGAUAAACCAUCUGUGCUAAUCUAAUAAACUUUAUUAAAAUUGCUUAGUUUGUAUACGUAAUAGCUUAUUAAGAACAUUUUUAAUUUUCAAUUUAAAUAAAACUGCAUUGAUAAUAAUUCCUCACAAAAGCAUAGUUAAAGCUGUUUUUUAUAUUAUUUUCAAAUUUGCUGGUAAUCAAGUUUAGGGGUUUUCUUAGUAAUACCUUAAUAAAUUGUAAUACCCUAAUACCUUAAAUUUGGGAAAGAUAUCAAAAUAAAUAAACAGAAUAAAAUAAAUCAUCAAAAAAUGAAAUUAUUUGAAUCAUUUGAAGUUUGUGACAUUUAAAUGUGAAAUUCAAUGUUGUAAUUAUUGUCUUUACCCCACAGUAAGUUAAAUUUUAUUCUAGCAUAAAAAAAAUGAAAAUGAAUGAAUAUGUUGAAUAGCUCACUUAAAGAAUAAAAUUAAUUAUUAUCUUCCAAAGAAACACACGUCAAACCAAAUACAUUUUCAGGAAUCUACAGUAUAAAUGAUUUUACUACAAAAAUCCUUAAAUUGACUACCAGCUUAUUUAAAGGUUUAUAUGGAACAGUGUUAUUAAGUAAUGUAUGUUUAUUGAAAAGGAAUAUAUGUUCUAAUUUAAAUUGAAAGUUAUUAAUUUAGCCUACUUAACCAAAUAAAGCAAAUUAAAUUUUUUUUUGCAUGUCAUUCACAGACAAUAUAUUGUUAAAUCAACAGUUUUUAUAAGUUUUGUAAAGAUUGACUCAUUACCAUGGUGAUUAAAUUUGAUUAUUUUUGUUCUAAUGGUUGUACAGAGGUGAUUGAUCAACAGAAUUAUGUUUAAUCAUCAAACUAUAGUAGAUUAUAGAAAUGAUAUUAUCUAUAAUUUUUUUAAGUUUGGUAAAAGAUUAUCACAAUUAUUUGUGAUAUAUCUUGUCACAGAGUGAAUAAAUGUUCUAAACUGUUUAAACAUAGAAAUAAAAAUAUAUACCAUGAUGCACUCGCUGUUUCUUACUACAUUAUUGUUUUUGUAAAAAUGUUAUAUUCAACAGAGCAGUAUGCAUUUCUGUUUUGUUAUGAAUAUUCAUUUAUGAAUGGAAAAAUGUUGAUUUUUAACACGAUUUCUAUGUGUGACUUUGUUUAAAGGUACACAAUUAAACACUAUUAUAAUUGUAGUCUACACAUAAUUGAUUAUAACUUGGAUUGUACCUCAAGAUGUGAACUAAUGUUAAGGAAAGAACCCUUCAAAACUAAAACUAAUAAAAUUUUAACAUAUUUAGACUAUAUGACCUUGAUUGGGAGUUGCAUUUGAAGGUCAUAUCAUAGUUGUGUAUUCCGUUGGCGGUGUAGAUAUCACGAUUUUUAAGCCUGCUGCAUAACAGUUCAUUCAGCUCAGCUACCAACAUUUGAUGCACUCCUAGAUACCAAACAAUUACUAGUAUGUAUUCAUUGGCCAAUGCCUCAUCAUACAUUUGUUCUCAAGUAUGUUGCUCAUUUAUUUUUUGACCAACAGCUUCUAAUGAAAACUUCUUUCAGCUGAGUUUGGCUCUCGAGAUAAAACAGAAAAGUGAUAUUUUUCCCGCAUUACGAAUUACCUUGCAAUACAAUAAAAGUUAAAAUGGCUAUUUCACUCAAUCUGUCUUGUGAGGCAAGAUUUUCUUUUAGAAUUACAUGCAUAUGUCCCUAUCUUUUAAGCUGCCUCCGUUUGUAUGCGAGGCUGGAAGCUGAGCUUGCGCGCAGCAGGCUUAAAUAUGGAACGCAUAAAACUUGUAUGUUGAAGAUGUAUUUAAUGGUAUUCAAAUCUUGUUCCUGUCUCUGAUGUACAUGAAUUGUGUCCAAGUGGUGAUUUAAUGUCAAUUUAACUUUUGUAUUAGAAUUACAUUUUUUGGGUCCAAUAAAUGCUGUUAAUUGUGAA